UGUAAGCAUGAUCUGAUCAAAUAAAUACUUAUGUAUCAGUGUGGAUGUGCUUAUGGUUUGGGACGUCGUUUUAACUGCGCGAGGUCUACUGUUCACAGAACUACUAGUAAAUGAUGAUUCUGCUGAGUUGGAAAGAGAGACUUUCUACUUAGCACUACAGGAAACAGUAGAUAAAGCACGGCAAUAUGCAGAGCACAUAAUCAUAAUGGGAGACUGGAAUGCAAGAGUAGGUAAUGACAUCACAAUCGGUCAUGGGUGUUUGGGGAAGCAUGGAGCUGAGUCGGUUUUGAACGGCAGUGGCAAGAGAAUGCUGCAAUUUUGUAUAGACAAUGAUCUUCUGGUUGGCAAUUCCUUCAACCCUCACAAAAUCACCUUUGAGUCACACAGCAGAGGAGUCAAGAGUGCUAUAGAUUACUUUGUAUAUACAAGGCAUUUUAGAUAUGCAGUGACUGAUGUUAGGGUGUACAGAAGUGCCGAACUUAGUACAGAGCACAAACUUGUGAUCAUGGGAACAAGAAUAAAACCCCCAAAGAAGAGUAAGUCACCGAAGUAUAGGAAAAUCAAAGUGAUGGAAUUGAGGAAGACAGAGAAAAGAAGGGAAUAUCAAAGAUCAAUAACGGAGGAGCUCAGAAGGAAGGAAGGAAGAGCAAAUUCAUGGAGAAUCAGAAGAAAAUAUUGAAAGAAGAUGGUACCUAUUAAAGAAUACAUUGUUUAAAGUGGCAGAAAAUGUUUGUGGAAUGACAAUGGUUGGAGAACAUGUUAAAAGAACCAAGUGGUGGAAUGAUUCUGUGAAAGGGAAGAUUAGGCUGAAAAAAGAAGCUUGGAAAAAGUUUUAUAGAAGCAAGAGUGCAGAGGAUUGGAAUGAAUAUGUACAGAAACGGAAUGAGUCCAAACAAGAGGUGAGAAAGGCUAAGUUGGAGUCAUGGGAAGAAUUUGGAAAGGAAAUUGAGGAAAAUUAUCAAACAAGGAGUAAUAAGUUUUGGCAUACAGUUCGAGCUCUACGAGGAAAGUAUGGAAAGCGAGUGAGAAGUGUAGUUUGUUGACGAGGAAGGAAGGGUAAAAUCUGAUUUGAAUGAGGUGCUACAAGUAUGGAGGAGUUUCUAUGAGAAGACAUUCAAGGAAGAGGGAAGACCCACUGAGAGUGAUAAUGAUUAUAAUGUGGAAGACCAACAACAAAAUGAGGUGCAGAUAUCCCUUCAGGAAGUUCAAAGCGCGAUUUCUGGUCUGAAAUUAGGUAAGGCAGCUGGAUAUGAUGUAGAUAACAAGUUAAGUAAAGAAUUUAGAGUGAAUAGAGGCGUAAAGCAGGGUGAUGCACUCUCGGCAGUUAUCUUUAACCUGGCACUUGAUGUUAUUCUUAAAGCAUUGCAGACAAGCGGCAGUAUUGUAACUAAGUCCAAGCAAGCAUAUGCGUACGCAUAUGAUGUGGUGCUUAUAUCAAGAAGCAAAGCUGGUGUGGUUGACAUGCUCCAAACUCUAAAAAAUGAAGGUGAGAAGUUGGGUCUUGAGAUUAAUAUAGAAAAAUCUAAAUAUCUUAUGAUGUCAGCAAACGAGAGAAGAAGACAUGUUGGUGAUCUGGAAUGUGGGGGAGGAGUUUGGCUUCAAAAUGUGAGGCAGUUCAAGUACUUGGGUUCGCUUCUCAAUAGUGAGAACAAGGUACGAGCGGACGUGGAAAGCAGGAUUUUAGCUGCAAACAAGGCGUACUUUGUCCACAUGAAACUAAUGAAGUCAAAGCUCUUAUCACGCAUGUCUAAGCUGCGGCUAUACAAAACAAUGAUCAGACCAGUGGCCACCUAUGGUGCUGAGACGUGGACGCUGACUAGUAGAGAAGAGCAAGCAUUGCGUGUUUUUGAGAGAAAAAUUGUAAGGCGUAUCAUGGGACCAGUCAGGACAGAAUAUGGGUGGCGUAUCAGAAAUAAUGAAGAGAUUGCCAAUUUCAUGGGACCAGAAGAUAUUGUACGAGUUAUAAAGGCGCAACGGUUGAGAUGGUUGGGGCAUGUCCAGAGAAUAGAGCACUGCAGACUACCGCAUAAGUUGUUAAAAAGUAAAAUGAUUGGUACGCGUAGAAGAGGAAGGCCCAGGAGGAGAUGGCUGGAGGAUGUGAGUGCCGAUUUGCGUGUUUUGGGCAUCAGAGGAUGGGAGAAUGUGGCGGAGAGGAGAUACGAUUGGAGGCGAAUUGUGCAGGAGGCCAAGGUCCACAUCGGACUGUAGCGCCAAUGAAAGUAAGUAAAGUAAAGUAAGUAGCUGGAUAUGAUGAUGUUACCCCAGAACUAAUAAAAUUUGGUGGACAGGAUGUGGCUAAAUGGAUAUGGCAUCUUUGUAAUGAUAUCUGGCACUAUGCAAAAAUUCCCUCAGAAUGGGAGAAGAACGUUAUUAUCCCCAUACACAAGAAAGGAAGCACAGUAAAAUGUGAAAAUUACAGAGCCAUCUGCCUGUCAUCAGUAUUGCUGAAAAUCUACUCUAGACUAGUGAUCAUAUGUUUACAAUAAGACAAGUCAUGGAUAGAGAUUGAGCCGAGCUGGUCAAACAUUUAUUGCCUUCUUAGAUUUGAAAGCAGCUUUCGACACCGUAUCUAGACAGUGCCUUUGGGAUGCCCUCAGUGAAGCAGGUGUGUCACCUGAACUUACCAAAAGAAUUAAAAGCCUGUACAGUAAUGUCAGAGGGGUUGUGAGAAUAGGAGGUGCUGCAUCUAGAGAAUUCAAAAUAGAUAAAGGUGUCAAACAAGGAGACAGUCUAAGCCCACUUCUAUUCAUAGUACUGAUGGAUCAAAUAAUAAAAAUGUGCAAGAGAAGAACGACUCGAAGCAAGAUUGGAAACCGCAACCUCCGUCCAGUAUACGUUCAAGCACUGAUAUAUGCAGACGAUAUCUUGCUAAUAGCUAACACUCAAAGAGAUCUACAAAAUGCUGUAACAGAAUGGUGUAGUGCGAUAAGAGAUAAGGGAAUGGUUGUCAACAUUGAGAAGAGUAAAGUGAUGAUAGUAUCAAAGAAUCAGGAGAAUGUGGAGUUGGAUAUAACAUGGGAUGGUAAAAUAUUGGAACAUUAAUCUCUGCAGAUGGAAAAGUUGAUGAAGAGAUAAACAACAGAGUAAGGAAAGCCAACCAAGUGUAUUACCAGCUUAGCAGAACCAUCCUGGGUAAACGAGAAAUAAGCCAGGGAACUAAAAUAAGGAUAUACGAGUCAAUAUUUAAGCCAGUUCUACUCUAUGGAACAGAAUGCCUCACAAUGAAAGAAAAGCACAAGAGUAGAAUUACCUCCUCAGAAAUGAUAUACCUAAGGAGGGUGGUUGGAAAAACCAAAAGAGACAGAGUGAGAAAUAGUGUGAUCAGAGAAACAUUAAAACAGGAGAAACUGAUUACCACUGUUCAGCGAAAAACCCUUGGAUGGUAUGGCCAUGUAGCUCGGAUGAGUGAUGAACGAAAGGCAAGGCUGGUUAUGGAGGCAAGACCGGAAGGAAAACGAGGCAGGGGACGACCACCACUGCAAUGGAAUCAGUAUGUAGAGAGUAUAGCUGCUGCAAGAGGAAAGACAAUGAAUGAAGUGAAGAAAAUGGCACAGGAUCGUAUAAAGUUUAGAGAAUGGUUGAAGGAACCCGACGCUUAACGGAAAAAGGGUAUGAAAAAGAAGAAGAUUUUAAUUCUAUCAGAACUGUAGUUAUUGUCGGACGUUGUAAUGUUGAACUUAUUUGUUCGUACGUUCUUAUUUUUAUUCAAGAAAAUCUGGUGUGGCGCACUCACACAACUUU